UGUCGUUCAAACGUUUGAUCAGCUAACAGAAAAGAAAUGGGACCCAAAUCAUCGUCAAAAUCAAAAGAUCAAAAGAUCAAAGAGAGUCCAAAGGAGGACUCUGUUCAAGAUUCUGAAUUUCAAGUAGCCAUACGUGAAAGGAGUGAUUCAGAAGAAGAAUACGAAAAGCCUGAACUAUUGAAAGAGGCCAUCAGAGAAAUUGAAGAAGAAGUGGCUCAAAAGCAAGCUGAAGGAAAUGAUGACGUGGAUAGCGAAACCUCCGAUUCAGAUGAAGAUGAAGAUGACGAUGCUCAAUUAUUAACACCGGCUGUUGACUCUCAGAUUUUGAAAACGAUUGCCGCCAUUCGAUCGAAAGAUCCUCGUGUUUAUCAAAAAGAUGCUCGUUUUUUCAAUAAUGACAGCAACGAUAGUGUUGUUGCUACCAAGGCUGAUAAAAAGCAAAAGAAACAAAAGGAGGAUGCACCUCUUACAUUGAAAGACUAUGAGCGAAAGAUGCUUCUUGAACAUGGAGGUUUCAUUGAGGAUGAAGAUGAAGCCAAUCUGAAAACUGCUGAAAAAACACAUGAAGAAGAACAAGCCGAGUUACGUGAUGCUUUUAAAAAAGCGAUAGUGUCAGAUACCGAAAACGAAGAGGAGAGUGAUGAUGACGAUGGCUUUUUACAAAAGAAAGAAAAGACGACGGAAGAGAAACAAGCUGAAGAGGAUGAUUACCGCAGAUUCUUGUUGGAAGAAAUGAAGAAUGACGAACAUUCCAAAAAGGCAGUGGAAGAAUGGAGUAAUUAUAAAGAAAACCCGGACAUCAGUGCUGAAGAGGCAUUUUUAAUGGAUUACGUGCUGAAUCGCGGAUGGGUCGAUAAGGGCGAAGAGCGGGAGAAUACAAAUCUAGAGGAAGUGGAUCCCGAGAAAGAUGAGGAAUAUCUCGAUAAUGUAGAUCGAUUCGAGAGUAAAUAUAAUUUCCGUUUCGAAGAAGAAGGUUCUUCCAACAUUAUCACGCAUGCUCGUGAUGUCGAAGGAACAGUACGUAGAAAAAAGAGUAAACGAGCCCUCAGAAGAGAGAAAGAGCGUCUUCAUAAGGAGGCUCUAAAAGAACAAAAGAUGGUUGAGUUGAAGGAAGAGAAGAAUAGAAAGAUGAAAGAAAUCAGAGAGAAACUCAAGGAGAUCCAAGGUAUCACGGGCGCUAAGGCAUUAGGGUUAGAAAACAUUGAUUUAGAAGGUGAUUUUGACCCAGCGACUUUUGAUGCGCAUAUGAACAGCGUGUUUGACGAAGAUUAUUAUAACCAACAAGACGAUGAUCCUACUGUGAAACCUCAGUGGGAUGAUGAUAUUAUGGACGCAGACUUCCUUCCAGGCGGGGAGAAAUACCCAGAUGAAGAGACUAACCAGCCGGAAAUGGAUUCUGAAGAGGUUCGACAAAAGAAAGAGAUGGUUGAAAAGUUACUUGACGAAUACUAUUCCCUUAAUUAUGAAGAUGUCAUUGGCGGCGAUACAUUUACUCGAUUCAAAUAUGCAAAGACUGAACCAGAGAAUUAUGGUUUGACAGCAGAAGAAAUCCUGUUAGCAGACGAUAGAGAGCUCAAUAACUACAUUGGUAUCAAGAUGAUGGCACCGUAAGUGUUUUUCUUUGUUAGUGACAUGUUGCCAUAGUGCUUAUUGUUAUUCAUUGUUUUAACAUUCUUUUGUUUUGAAUCCUAGUCAUCGAAAUGAAUACAAGAAACAAAAAGAAAUGGAAAUCUUUAGAAGGAGUCAAGAGAAGAAGAAGAAGAGAUUAGCAAAACACGUGAAAAAAGUCAAGAAGGAAUUGGAAGAAAAGCUAAAGGAAGAAGAAAAAGAGAAAGCAAAAACUAAAAAGAGAAAGUCAAAGGAACAAAAGGACUCAAAAAAGAACAAAAAAGCUAAAUCCCAAAUCUUCUUAGAGAAAUAAAAGUGUUUGACCAUUGAC